AUUUCUCCCUAAAGACAUGGACGUAGCCGAGUCGCAGCACGAGAUAAAUCGGCUUAAGUGUGAGCUUGACCAAGCUCAUACAGAAGAAGUCCAGUCGGCUAUUAAUGCACUAAGUAUAUUGGAAGAAAAACAAUCAUUAACAAAACGUUAUGAAGAACUGGAGAAUUCAAAUGAGAAUGUGAAACAAGAAUUAAAAAUUACUCAAGAGGCUUUGAUUCAAACUUCUCAUAAAGUAAAUGAUACUAAAUCGGUGAGUGAAGAAAAGAAUAAUUUGAAAUCUAAAUACGAUAACAAUAAAAUGGUUUUUACUGAAUCCAUAAUCCAGUUACGUGAUGACUUACGUACACUCAAAGAAUUUACUACUACAAUUUCAAGUUGGAACGCUAUGUUUAAUGCACUGACUGAAGAACUAGUGACUCGCAUGGGUGAUUUAAAGCGACAGUUAGUCGCUGCUGAAGGAGAGAAAAAGACACUUAAUCAGCAGUUGCGUUUGUCUGUGGAACACAAAAAGGUGGUCGCCCAUCGGUUAGAGGAAGUGGAAAUGGACCGAGAAAUGGUUGUAACUGAAACCAUAUCCAAGUUACGUAAUGAGAUGCGUACACUCAUGGAAGAUGCUGAUAAACUAUCAAGUUCAAUGGCUAGCUUUGCUGCAAUGUGGGAAGAACAAGUGCCUCGCAUAGAUAAUUUAGAGCGACUGUUAGUCGCUGCUGAAGGAAAGAAAAAGGAAAGACGUUCAAUGGGUACACCUAACUCUUCAACACUAUAAAAAACCUCAAAAUGGUAUAGUGAGCCUCUAAUAUUUAUUAUUAUAAUAUUGUAGUUUACUAUUGUUCCAUUUUUAAAAUUAUUCCUAUUUAUGGUAGCCAGUUUCGUAUCUGCAAUAUACAAUUGUACUCUUUUAAUUAUUAUUAUUAUUUUUUUUUUAAUUUCAUCAAUUUUCUAGACUCUUUUGUUUAUUAUAUUUACUCAAUUUAAAAAUAACAAGAACAAACAUGAAGCAAAAAUGUUGUAUGAAUCUAAAUUAGGUAUUGUACAUUAUCUUAAAUGUAAAAUUGAAUUAUAAAGUAUCUGUAUGGGUAAAUACUUCCCAAACUUAAUAACCUGUUAGGCAAAUUGUAUGUUAA